AUGUCGGCUAGCUGCACCGGUGCUUCAUUGAAUUCUUCGUUCUUUGCUCUUUCGCGCUUGGCUGGCAUUGACGAGCCUGCUAUCCUCGCCAUCCUCACCAUCGUCUCAUGGGUUUUCAUAUCAACUGUCAAGUAUGUCAUCGGCACAGUGGUCACCAUUGCCGUUCGGCCCUCGCUCAUUGGCGGAGAAUAUUUCGUCCUUCCGGCGAAACUAUCAAUGUUCUUGGGGGCCUUAGCGUGUGGAGCAGUAGGCCAGCCUCGCAUGGCUCCAGUUUGGUUUCCUCACGAGGUUGAGGCCAUUUGGUCGUUUUGGAUUCUUUGGCGUCCCCGGGCAUCCCGUUCGGGAAAGGGAACCAUCCGACGACGCACUUGA